CCAGCUGGGCUAAUUCACGUUAAGUGCUUUUAUUUUUGGAAACAAAUAUUGUCACUUGUUUUUGUUUUACUUUGCUAUUUAUGUCAGUUGUGUCCCCUUCCCCUAAAUCUCAUGACAGACUCUGUGACUUUGGGCAUGUUAUGUCAGCACACACAGUACAGAAAGUAUAAGCCCCUCAAGCAUUUGCUAAAAUCAUAAAUGUGUAAUGUUAGGCUGCAGUGAGUGGAUCCUUGUGUGGUCCAGACCAGCUCAGUCAGGCAGAGCAGCCUAACACCCUCCCACUCGCCACCCUAGAGAGGCCUCCUCAAAGGGCCACUCAGCGCAGUGUGGCUUUUAACUUCAGCAGUACAUGGCUCUCCAGUUGGUUCCCUCUGUUCUGUCCUUUCUGAAUCUAGAGGGGGAAGUGCUUUUUAUUUGGCUCCUGGAAAGACACAUUUUGGAUUUGGAUAUUUAUAAAUGUGAACUGGGCCACUACUGUUUGCCUCUGAAUCUCGGGACUCACCUCACAGCCAAACUUAGGUUCCUGGUUUGGUGGCUGAAGGCCAGGGCUGAGGCCUGUCUAUGGCUCUUUGUGACAGAGCAGAGGUUUUUAGUGGAGAUUGUGGGUAUCACAAGAAAAAGCGAACCUUCUGGAAUGGUAGGAAGUUGUUUUCCUAUCCGUUAUCACUGUCCGUGGAGGGGUAGUGUUUGUUCACAUAGGGUGUGCAAUGUUGGCAUUGAAUCAGUUACGAGAGCAGAAGUAUUUGUUAGGGGUUUAUCAUUCUGAAGCCCUCCCUCACCGUCACUGUAACCCUCAGAUGGGAGUUACAGGGCAGAGUGAACCAUUUAGAGUUUUUGAAGAAAGCAUGUAAUAAUGCCUUUGGUCUAAUGCUCUGGAAUCUGCCGCCGUCUCUGGUUUAUUCACUCCAGAGAGCGGUAUUCCUGGGAAGGAGCGACGCACGCUGGGCAGCCAAGGGCUUGGGCUGUGGGUUCCAAGUUUGCCAGAAUGUUUCUGACAACAUUGGUGUCAGGAGGUCCAACUGCAGUCCUGACUGUGCAAGAGGCAAGGCAGCCCGUUCUGACCAACCCCCCUGCAUCUGGUUUGUGUGGAUACCUGGAGGACCGUGUUGGUCCUGGAGGAAGGCUGGAAGCCACCGUGACCAGCCCCCCUUGGUAGUGCUAGGCCCGGCCUGCCUGCUGCGGAGGUUUUCGGAUGUCAUUCUCGCAACAAUUUUGGCAACCAAGUCUGAAAUGUGUGGCCAAAAAUUUGAACUGAAGAUUGAUAACGUGCGGUUUGUUGGGCACCCGACACUGCUGCAGCAUGCUCUGGGGCAGGUCUCAAAAACAGAUCCAUCUCCAAAGAGGGAAGCUCCCACCAUGAUUCUUUUUAAUGUGGUGUUUGCACUGAGGGCCAACGCGGACCCGUCAGUGAUAAACUGCCUGCACAACCUUUCCCGACGCAUCGCCACCGUGCUGCAGCACGAGGAGCGCCGCUGCCAGUAUCUCACAAGAGAGGCCAAGCUGAUCCUGGCGCUGCAGGAUGAGGUGUCCGCGGUAGCUGAUGCAAAUGAUGGUCCUCAGUCCCCGUUCCAUCACAUUCUGCCCAAGUGCAAGCUGGCCAGGGACCUUAAGGAAGCUUAUGACAGCCUCUGCACGUCCGGCGUGGUGCGGCUCCACAUCAACAGCUGGCUGGAGGUGGGCUUCUGCCUGCCGCACAAGAUCCACUACGCCGCCGCGAGCCUCAUCCCCCCCGAGGCCAUCGAGCGGAGCCUGAAAGCCAUCCGCCCCUACCAUGCCCUGCUGCUUCUCAGUGAUGAGAAGUCCCUGCUGGGCGAGCUCCCGCUCGACUGCUCCCCGGCCCUGGUGCGCGUGAUCAAGACCACGUCUGCCGUGAAGAACCUGCAGCAGCUGGCCCAGGAUGCAGAUCUGGCCUUGCUUCAGGUUUUCCAGCUCGCGGCUCACCUGGUGUACUGGGGCAAGGCCAUCAUCAUCUACCCGCUGUGUGAGAACAACGUCUACAUGCUUUCUCCCAACGCCAGCGUGUGUCUGUACUCUCCACUGGCUGAGCAGUUCUCCCGUCAGUUUCCAGCUCACGACCUGCCAUCUGUCCUUGCUAAGUUCUCCUUGCCCGUCUCCUUGUCAGAAUUCAGAAACCCCCUCGCCCCCCCGGUGCAGGAGACCCAGCUCAUUCAGAUGGUCGUGUGGAUGCUGCAGCGCAGGCUCCUCGUCCAGCUGCACACAUACGUGUGCCUGAUGGCCUCGCCCAGUGAGGAUGAGCCCCACCCUCGAGAGGACGAUGUCCCCUUCACCACCAGGGUCAGCGGCCGCAGCCUCAGCACACCCAACGCCCUCAGCUUUGGUUCCCCAACCAGCAGUGACGACAUGACCCUCACGAGCCCCAGCAUGGACAACUCCAGUGCAGAGCUUCUCCCCAGUGGGGACUCCCCGCUGAACAAGAGGAUGACGGAGAACCUGCUGGCCAGCCUUUCGGAGCACGAGCGGGCGGCCAUCCUCAGCGUGCCUGCGGCCCAGAACCCCGAGGACCUCCGCAUGUUUGCUAGGCUCCUGCACUACUUCCGGGGCCGCCACCACCUGGAGGAGAUCAUGUACAAUGAGAACACGCGGCGCUCCCAGCUGCUCAUGCUCUUUGACAAGUUCCGCAGUGUGCUGGUGGUGACCACCCAUGAGGACCCAGUCAUCGCGGUGUUCCAGGCACUGCUCCCUUGAGACCAGACCGAAGACGAGGAGGCGGAGAGAGGGUGCUGCCCGCGGCGGGGCUGCUGGGCUCUCCCCAGCCCUGGGCUUCCCACCCCUACACCGGGCGGAGCCCUCUGGUGCCUGAAGCCGGACUACAGUCCAGCGGCAGCCUUGGGCCUGCUGUACUCCAGGUUCUCGGUCUCGUCUGGUCCUGGAGGCAGCCUCAGUAUCUGAGCUGAGGUGAGGCUUCCAGCUGGAGGGAGUGUGCAGGACUCAUGCCUCAGAGGGAGGCCUGCUGCGUCCGUUCCACACGCAAAUUCGGGCCGUGCGUUUCUGUCAGACCCUCCUCCCAACCCCGUCCUCAUCCCCUGACCCCCUCCACUGCUGCCUUCCCUUGGUCACCCUGGGGGAUACACGGAAACACGUCUGCCCCCACCCCUCCGCCCUUCCGGGGGCCAGGAACACCUGAGUGGCCCUGCCCUCACCACAGCCCUUGCGUUAACCGCCAGCAGGCUCAUGACCAAGCUGUCACUCCCUCUCUGACACCUGGUGAUACACAAGGGACUGGGCUGAUCCCCAUCCUCAAGGUGAGUCUGCGCUGGUACACGCUCCCCUCCCUCGUGCAGGCCUGAGGAGUGAUGCGUUCAGCCUCCUGCCCACACACGGCCCCCAGUGUCCCGUCCUGGAGGAAGAAGGACUGUAAGCUUAUGCCGGCUACCGAGAGGAGCUCUGGCAGAGAUACAAGCAGUACCCUUUUCCAGACAUAAAGCAUUUAUUUGGUCUUUGAACAAUUAAAAAGCCUUGUCCGA